UUUAAAAACAACUUAAAAACUCGGAAGCAAAAACCCUUACUUCGGUUCUUCAACUCUCCAUUGUUACUCCUAUCCACUGUCGACACUCCUCUGCUCAGCCUUUGAUCUUUGUAUAAAUUAGCAGCACUGUUUACAUAUUUAGCAACGAUGUCGUCUGGAUUAACUUAUAGCCCAUUGAGAUAUAGCCUUGGCUUACCAGCAAGAGGACAUGGAUCGAAUAACAAGCAAGCUGCAUUAUUUCCAAAUUUCCGUAUAUCUUUGGAUUUGCUCUCUCUGCAAAGAAAUGGUUUGGCUGCAUCAACUUGGAGAUUAAAACCACGACGCAAUCCUUUCCUUAAUUGUGCAAUGGAUGCUACCUUUGGUGGUUCCUCUAAUGACUCAACUGCUAUCUUUCCUAGAAUUAACGUGCGGGACCCAUACAAGCGACUAGGAAUCAGUAAGGAAGCUUCCGAAGACGAAAUCCAAGCUUCUAGAAACUUCUUGAUACAAACAUAUGGAGGUCACAAGCCCAGUGUGGAUGCAAUCGAAUCAGCGCACGAUAAAAUCAUAAUGCAGAAAUUUUACGAAAGAAAAAACCCUAAAAUCAAUAUCAAGAAAAAGGUCAGAGAAGUAAGCCAGUCUAAAUAUAUCCAGGCUGUCACGAGCAGGUUCCGAACACCAUCCACAAAUGUCAUCGUAAAAACUGCCAUUGCCUUUGUGGUGCUCGGAGCGCUGACUGUACUCUUUCCCACUGAAGAGGGUCCCACACUUCAAGUUGCAAUUUCGUUGAUAGUUACUAUGUAUUUCAUCUAUGAUCGGCUCAAGAGCAAACUGCGGGCUUUUCUCUAUGGGGCUGGGAGUUUUGCUCUUGCAUGGCUUCUCGGAACAUUCUUGAUGGUUUCGGUGAUGCCACCGAUACUCAAAGGGCCGAGAAGUUUGGAAGUGACGACUUCAUUGAUAAGCUACAUUAUCCUUUGGGUUUCUUCUACUUAUCUUCGAUAAUCGUUUUUUCUUUUUUGAAAUAUUUAAACUCAGUUUUGUCAGAUUAAUCAUAGCUGCUUCAUGAGUUAAUUUACAAUUUUCGAAUGCUUUAUGCUCCUUCGAUAUCGAAUUGCUGUUUUUACUGUUACAGGAUAUGUCAAUACAGAUUUAGUACAAGAGUUUGUCUGUGAUUUUCUGAAA